CUCUGAUACUGCUAAUUGGAGUUUAAUUAUAUAAAAAACUAAUGUAGAAUUGAAAGUAGUAAAAGAGGAGUGUUGUUGGACAAAUUAUUGGUCUAGUUUUGGGUUUUGACAGGUGAAGUUCUUAAGGAGCGAGUCUGAAGAGAUAAUUGAUGAUUGAGCUAAAAAUGAGCUUGGAAGAGUCUCCAACAAAUUAUAGAGCAAACCAAAGCAUGCACAUGCAGAAACGCUCGUCGCCAGCAAGAGUACGCUCGUCCAGGACGUUUAGAGGGGACGCUCGUCCAGAAAAAGACAAGAAAGGACGCUCGUCCAAAAGAAAAGAGAGAACGCUCGCCAGAGAAGUGGACGUUCGUCCAGCAAAGAAACAAGUGGACGCUCGUCCUGAGAUAAGUGGGCGCUCGUCCAAGCUAACAGAGAGGACGUUCGUCCCAGGAAGAGGACGCUCGUCCAGAGGAGAGGACGUUCGUCCCAGGCAGUGGACGCUCGUCCAGCCAGGCAGAAGUGGACGCUCGUCCAGCCAGGCAGAGGACGCUCGUCCAAGUUGCAGAGAGGACGCUCGUCCAGCCAGACACGAGGGACGCUCGUCCAUGCAGAAGAAACGAGAGGACGCUCGUCCAUGAAGAAGAGGACGCUCGUCCCAGAAGAGGGCGCUCGUCCAAGAUAAGAGGACGUUCGUCCAGCGAGAUAAGAGGACGCUCGUCCAGCGAAACACGCAGAGGACGCUCGUCCACCCAGGACGCUCGUCAGUGGACGCUCGGCAGCAAGAAGUGGACGUUCGUCCACUUUCAGGUUCCAGAGAGUUUCACGCCCGGGCGUGAGAAAUGGGGCGCCCGGACGCGACUUUUCGCCAGAUUUGAAUAUUUCCCGAGAGUCUCGCGCCCGGGCGCGACUGACAGAGGGCGCCCGGGCGCGACUUUUACUGAUGUGGCAGACAGCUUAUUUAACCCUAAAACGCGAAGGGGAAUGGGUCUUUGGUCAUUGGGAGGCGCGAUUUCACGGCUGGAGCUCAUGGAGGGCGUGAGGAGCUUGUGGGAACAUCUCCUCCUCUUCCUUUGGGUCUCCUUCUUCUUCCAUCUUCCAUGUUUGUAAGCUUUAGGGUUCUCCAUGGAAAUGGAGAACCAAACCCAUCUUGUUGGGAUUAGUUGUAGCCUUUGAAUUCUUGUGUAAUUGUUGAAUGAUUUGAAUUUAUAUAUGCUUUUUCUAUCAAUUGCUAGUAUUCUUGUUUCCGAUCUUAAAGCUUGCAUGUAAUGGGAACGUUCAUGACUUGA